AUGGCCGCGCCCGUCAGCUUGAAAGAUCUCACGAUCGACAACAUCACCGAAAAUGUUCACGCUAUCAACUCCCAAUGUGGCAACCCGCGCUUGAAGUAUAUUCUCGAAAGAGUUGUUACUCAUCUUCAUGACUUGGCGAGAGAGACGAGACUUACGACUGAUGAGUGGAUGACUGCCAUUCAAUUCUUGACACAAGUUGGUCAGAUUUCGUCAGACGUGAGACAGGAAUUUAUCUUGUUAUCUGAUAUCCUUGGGCUUUCCCUUCUAGUCGACUCAAUCGAUCAUCCCAAGCCAGAGGGCAGCACUGAAGGAACCGUCCUAGGACCUUUCCAUACCCAUGAAGCGGAGCAUGUGGGAGAAGGCAGUCUUAUCUCUCAAGACCCAGACGGCGAGCCUCUUCUUGUUCUUUGCACCUUGAAGGAUAUCGAUGGGAAACCAAUCGACGGAGCCAGCAUUGAUGUCUGGGAGACUGACUCAAAGGGCUUCUAUGACGUGCAGCAUGCAGACAGAAUCGGUCCUGAUGGCAGGGCAGUUUUGAAGAGCGACAGCGAGGGUAACUUUUGGUUCAAGGCUAUCGUUCCUGUCCCAUAUCCUAUUCCCCACGAUGGACCGGUAGGAAAGUUACUCAAAGUGCUCGGUCGUCAUCCGUACAGACCGAGUCAUAUGCACUUUAUGUUCAAGAAAGAUGGCUACGAUCCUCUCAUCACCGCACUCUACCUCAAAGACGACCCUUACGAAUCCACCGAUGCUGUCUUUGGCGUAAAGAAUUCCCUUGUUGUUUCUAUCCAGAAAGUCACGGAUGAGGAAAUGGCGAAGAAAUAUGAUGUGAAAGUUGGCACUGCUUUAAUGACUUAUGACUUUGUCUUGGUUUCGGAUACGGCUGCUGCUAAGCUGCGAAGACAGAAGGCUGAGGAGGCGAUGGCUGGUUUGGGUCGUAACUUUAAGUUUAUUGAUGAUUUGCCUGUUCCUGAUGUAGAUUAG